CCCGGCGUGCACGCGGGGUCCUCGCUUGCCGAUGACGUCACGCCCCCUUGACCCCGCGCCGUGACCCAGAGUCGAAGGUGACACCGGCUGAGAUCCACGUGCAGCCCGGCCACGUGCAUGCGCGUGGGAGUGAGGGCAGCGCCGAGUGUGGCGGCCCUGAGCGGGAGAGCCCUGAGCGUGAGGGCAGCGCCGAGUGUGGGAGCGGUAGCCCCGCGUGGCUGGCUGUGGCACGCCGGCUCUGUUGGUCACUGGCCAUUGUCUCCGCGUGUCUCUCUCGGCGCCUCGGGGAGGAGGUGGAGGAUGUCCGUGGGGGAGCAGAGCAGCGUGGGGGAGCGGGUGUCCGCGAUGAGGAAACCUUACCGGGGCGACGAGGAGCAGACUUUUGAGGAGUCGCACCUGUCCUCCUUGGACCCCAUCCAGCAGUUUGAGGAUUGGUUCGUGGCAGCCACAAAGUGUAAGGAGAUUGGAGAGGCGAAUGCUGUGUGCGUGGCCACCAGCACCAGAGAUGGGAAGCCAUCUGCUCGCAUGAUGCUGCUGAAAGGCUUUGGAAAGGAUGGUUUCAAGCUGUACACAAACUACUUGAGUCGUAAAGCUGGUGAUCUGGAUUCGAAUCCCUUUGCUGCUCUGGUCUUCUACUGGGAGCCUCUCAACCGCUCGGUGCGAGUGGAGGGCCGGGUGCAGCGCCUCUCAGAGCACGAGUCGGAGGAGUACUUCCAGUCUCGGCCGAAGUCCAGCCAGAUCGGAGCCACAAUAAGCAAGCAAAGCUCCGUCAUCCCCAGCAGAGAAAUUCUUACGAAGAAGAACGCAGAGUUGGAGGAGCAGUACAAGGAUGCGGAGAAGCUGCCUAAGCCAUCUUUCUGGGGUGGAUACCUGCUGGUCCCGGACACGCUGGAGUUCUGGCAGGGCCAGACGAACCGCGUACAUGACCGCAUCGUGUUCCGGCGCGCACAGGAGGACAUGCAGCCCGACGGGCUCCUCACGCACGAGGCCGUCAGCGGCUGGGUCUACCAGCGACUCUCGCCCUGAGCGCUGCUCUGAGCACGAGGGUGGUGGUGGGGGGGUUCGGUGGUGGAGUAAUGUCAGUGUAGGCAUGCAGGGAACACGAAUCAGCAGCAGACAGUGGUAGAGGGCCUGUGGGCACUAAUCACUUGAAUUUUGUCAGUAAAAAUGAUCUGCCAAUACAUUUUCCGUAAAAAAAAGUGUAUAUGUAAGGCCGAGUUACUUAAGGGUAGUAAGUUCUUCUGAAUAAUAUAUAUAAUUUUACUGAGCACUUACGUCACCAAAGGGAAAAUUUAGUAAUAUAUAUUUGGAUAAUGGGAGAAAACACAUCGCACACUGUACUGAAUACCUGGACAUGACCGUGCAACACCACUGCUGAAAAGUCUGACAGCCACGUUUUCAACGCAAAGUGCUUAAUCGAUCAUCUUUUCUUUCUCAACUAUUUUUAACUUGUAGUUCUGAGCUAAAUAUGUAAACCUCAGUGCUGUGUAGUGUUUUAAAGUGCAAUUAAGACAUUGCUGUUUGUUUAAUAAUGUGUUUGGCUGUUUUGUGCUUAGGUUAUGAAAUUACCUACAGUACUUUUGUUUUUACCCAAAUGGGGAUGUUAGGGUAUCAUGUUGUAAAACUAUUUUAAAAUGUUUUCCUGGAUACACUUUACUGUAAAAGUUGUAUGUGAAUGAUAUCCGUGCUGUUUUGUCCUGAGCUAUCUCCCCAUUCAUAACUCGUCGUGUUUGCUGUCAGUUCUCGUCAUCAUGUUUUGUUUUGUGCCUUUUGCUUAAUUACCAGACGUGAGUCUGGCUCUUAAUAAUUUUCUGAGGGCGUGACCGGCCUCGCUCAAGACUCCCCUACAUGAAACUGAUCAGGAAUAACGGCUUUGAGAUUCUGUUUCAAAUCGUCGCAUCUUGCAUGCCCUUUAUUCCAGCCCACUCCCCACCAUGGUGCCUGCCACUGCUGCGUACCUUGCACUAAUAUUUUGAAAUUAUUUAUUGAUUUAAAAAUGUGGUCUUGUAAUUAAUGUCUGAUCAUUCUAACCUGGGCCUUCAGACACUGUCUUUCCGACAGACCUGUUCUUCACCUGAGGACGGCUGCUUGCGUUGUGGCCGAAACGUCGUGAGAAUUGUAUUUUAUGGUGUUUUAUUAUUUUAUUAUUUCCCUUCUACGUGACUACCGAAAGAACCAAGAACAUUUGAAACGUCUUAUUCAAGCAACAACUAAACUGCUUAAAGUGUUUUGUUGCCUUUAUUUAGAUUUAUUUAAUACAGCUGUUUACAAUUUAUUAAUUCUAAAUGCUUAAAAAUCCUGUUUUAAAUGAUAUAAUUCCUGAAUAUCAAUACAUUUAAAAGAUGUAUAAUUGUAAUAAUACCAGUCCUGAGGAGGUUCUGAUUGAAAAUGUUAUUAUUUCUCUUGUCUUGUACAGCAUGAUUAAAAAUGCAAAUUACA